AAGCUUUCAGUUGGUAUCAGUUCUCGGUUUGCUGUGGUCGGUAUUUAACUGUAAACAACGGGUUGUUUCGUUCGCUGUGAUUUGAAGAAUAUCGAGUAGUAUCUAAAAUGGACUACAAGCGCGUGGACUCCCCGCCGGCCUACUCGGACGACUUUGCUACCGCUCCUCCGGCGGAGACGGACCUGCAGCAGUACCCGGCGUCGCCCGCACCCCUUUAUCCGCCGAUGCCCCAGAUGAUCCAAACCACGGCGAUGUCGCCGCCGCCCGUGAACGUGGUCCAUCAUCAGACCACGGUGCUGGUGGACAAUCCCGGCCAGGGAAUGAUCUGUCCCCACUGCAACGCCCGGAUUCGCGUGCGCGUGGAGCACCAUCCCACCGGAAAGACCUACUGCCUGGCGGCGUUUCUCUGCCUGUUCCUGUGCUGGCCCUGCGUCUGCGCCCCUUGCUGCUGCAACUGCUGCUACAAGACCUCCCAGUUCUGCCCCAACUGCAACGCCUGCUUGGGUUCGUUUUGAAGACGCCAGCGAAAAAACUCGCCGAUUUCAUAUUUACUCCCACGUACACACUCUGUAUUCAUAUUCGUAUAUAACCAACUAUAUAUAUGUAUCUCCUCAUGGAUCGACGGCGUCUAAAUGGUGCCUCUAUCAGUAACACUUACCAUACUUAUGUAUAUAAAUAUACAUACAUACAUUCUUUAAGCGAAUCUGCUUUGUAAGCAAUGCCCAACUGACAGCGAAUUCGAACAAGGAAAAUAAAAUAAACAAAAAAAAGCUUGGCCAA